AUGGAGUAUGAUAAGGACAUGGAUUUAGAUCUAGACCUAGACUUAGACCUAGGGGAGCUCUGCCGAACCGCGAUUGUUCGGUGGCUAGUCUCCUGGAACCUGAGUGCCACGUGGCAGUUCGACGUGCAGACGCUCGCAGCGCUCCUGGACGAGCUUUCCACGAGCCAGAUGCUCGUGAUGACGCAGGACAAGGCGAAUGACGCCAUGGCCGCCGCGGUUCGCGUUGGCAGGGAUUUCUUCCGCGCGAAUCUGGAGAAGCAGUACGUGUGGUAUGACGCGGAUGGGAAGGUGGUCACGGAUUGGACGGACGAGCGCGUGAGCGUGUACGUGGCAGGGACCCUCAGCCUGUUUCUAGACAUUUCCUUGGAAGGGAACUCUGAUACCGCGUUUCCCCCAGCUGCGUUGAACUGGCUUGACGAGAGGAAUCUUCGAUCGGAAGUUUUUGGGCCUGGGGCAGCGGUGGAUAUUAUUACGUGCGUGCCCGGGCCGUACGGCGGGAAAGUUUUUGCGUUUGAGCUGCCCGAGGGGAGGGAGGCCGGGGAGGUUUACGCGGCGCUGAAUUCGCGUCUGAGAAGUAGCUUUCCGAAUCUCGAAGUGUCGUUAGAUUCUAUGCAAUACGCCAUGGAUGUUGGGGAUGAUAUGUUCAAGGGCGGAGGAGGAGGAAUGGGGGGAGGAGAGGACGACAGGGACGGCGGGUGGGGCGGGGGAGGGGGAGGAGGAGACGGAGGCGGGGGAGGAGGGAACUGGAACGAGUGGGGACAGUUUCAGACAGGCAACACGCCGACUCUCUAUACCACGUGCGCAGCUUUCGUCGUGAGAAGAGACGUGUUCUUGCAACCAGGCCUGCCCUUCCCUAUCACCGCCGGCGCCGCAGCCUUCACUCUCGCCUCCCUCAAAUCCCUCGUGCUUCCCGAUCUCGCCCUCACUUCCACGUCAGAUCUCGCGUGGGCUCUUCUAGGGUUGUAUGCAGGCGUAGCUGCUACCACUGGUGCCGCCAUGGCAGGACAGUACCUCUGGGCGUGGUCGUAUCGAACGGAUGCAACCAAGCCCCCCUCGCCGCUCUACUUUCUCCCGCUAUUCGCUCCGGAUAUCGGCCUAGUCACGCUUAUCACGCAAGUUGUAGCGCCAGUCCCCUCAAGAGUCGCGCUACUAGACCUUACUCUCCUCUCCUCCUUUGCUGCUAUCUUCUCCUCUUUCGCUCUCCUGCAAGCCUCCGCCGCGUUCCCCUUCCCCCCAGCCCCGUUCUCCUUCCCUUCUGACCUCGCUUCUCUAGGAUUCGAACCGGCAGUGUCAGAACUGGCGGCGGCAGCAGCAGCAGCAACGGCAGUAGGGGGUUCCGUGUCUGGAGUUAUCCCAGUCAAUCCGGGCCUGUUGCAGCAUUCUGCGUUGCUGCAUGAGCUGCUCAUACGCCUUCACGUGUCCGCCGUUUCCCUCCUCCCGGCUGUCGGCCUCCCAGGAGGCGACAUUCUCUAUUCUCUCGUCCGAGACCCGCUCGCUCUCUCCCUCGCAACCACCUUGGUUACGAUCCUGCUUCUCGUCUCCAUCCCUCUGAAUUUCUCCUGGACCUGGGUGCUGCUGUUCCUCUUCCUGCCUCUCCUCGCUCUUGCGAAGAUCAGAAGGCCGGUCUCAGAGGCGCUUACGGCUCCGGAUCCUGUGAGGGUGUGUCUGGGUGUGGGAUUGUUGGCGGCAGGGGUGGUGGUGCUGCUGCCUGCUCCGCUGUUUGAGCUUGUGUUUGGCGAGCCUGCUGGCCCUGUGGCCGAGCAGAUUCUGAUUUCCUUGGGAUUGGGCUGA